AUGUACGCCCUUCCUGUUGCAAUCACGUUCUUGUGUCUGGCUACCGUGGUGGUUGUGUUGCGGCUGGUCGUGAGGUUGUAUGUGCUUAGGAAGCCUGGGUGGGAUGAUUUGUUGAUUGGGGGGUCGUUGAUAGUCGACAUCAUCUUCUUCGCCUUUCUGGUCCUGGAAAUCAAGUAUGGACUUGGCAGGAACCUGGAUGAGCUUAGUGCGGAGGAAUUGCAGUUGCAGUUGAAGUCUCUCUACGCCACCAUAAUCCUCUACAACACCACCCUAACCCUCACCAAACUCUCCCUCAUAGUCCUCUACCGACGCCUCUUCCCCCCGAAAGGCUACCAGAUCCUCCUCUCCAUCACGCUCUGCAUCGUCCUCGCCACGGGGACGUGGAUGAUCUUCAGCGCGAUUCUGUUCUGCAUCCCCGUGCGCGCCUUCUGGGACACAAGCAUCCCGCACACCUGUCUCUCCCAGGACGUGGUCUGGGGGCUGAAUGCCGCGUUGCAGAUCACGACGGAUUUGGGCCUCGUGGUCAUCCCCUUGCCCAUUUUGGCGCGGUUGAAAUUGCCCAUGAGGCAGAGGGUUGCGCUCAUGGGGGUUUUUGGAUUGGGGUUUUUAACCACCACCCUGGUUAUUGUCAUUGUCAUUGUCAUUAUCAUCAACAUGAUCAUCAACAUCAACAUCACAGCCAUGAACACCACGACUGUAACUAUUACCAUUCUCACCAUGGACAAGACAAUGGGCCGCAGCAUGGACAUGGACAUGGACAUGGACAUGGAUGUGGAUGUACAUGUGGACAUGGACGUGAACAUACCCACCACACCCACCGCGAAAAACCCAGUUUCUCAUCCGGCCGCACGUUCGUCUCGAACCGGAACAUGAACAUGAACAUGAACUUGGACCCUCACACGAACAAUAUAAAUCCGUUCGUCCCGUCAGGGAGUACGGGGUACGUGGCGAGUGUUUCUACGAACAUGAACUCAAACACAAACACAAACACAAACGGGACUGGUACCCAUCUGAGUGGGAUGGGAGGUGACUCGGGGAAUACCUGCUCCCAGAGUCUGAGAAAGAAAAAGAAGAGUAUACAGAACUUAUGUCAGAGUUUCAGGCAGAGUCUGGAUAACAGUCACAGUCACAGUCACAGUUACAGUCAGAGUCAGAGUCACAGUCAGAGUACCCACUCGCCAUUGUCAUCGUCCCAGGUCCCUGGACCUCCUGGACCUCCUGGACCUGAUCUGGAAGCAGCGGGCAGAGGAAGCGGAGACCUCGGUCCAGGAGAAAUUCAGGUGGUUCAGGAACUGCGCUGGGAUUCGUUCAGUACGGAGGCUAGAUCUGAUGCGUGUGGGAUGGAGCUGGAGAUGGCGC